UACAAACAAAAAUCAAAAUCAAGACGAUCAGAACUCGAAAAAAUAAUGUUACGUCUUGAUCAAUAGAUAAGAUUUAUUAUAAAUGAAACCUAAUAACAAAAAAAUUGUUUAUCUAUCUGCUGUUUGAAAAAUGAGUGACAAAAGCGACGAUGUAAUAAGCGAAAAAAUACUCAAUGCUGCGAAGAACAACCCAAAAGGAAUAUCAGCCAAGGAUGUUGCAGCAGCAGUACCGGAACUGUCAUCGGCAGAGCUGGUUGCUGCAAUUAACAAGCUAUUACAGCAGGGACUUUUUGAUUUGUACAAUCAAGGCGGCUCUCUUUUAUAUAAGUUAAAAAAUCAAAAUACUAAAACGGCAAUUAAAGGAGCUGAUAAUGAAGAAAAAGUUGUAUUUAACCUUAUUGAAGAAGCUGGAAAUAAGGGUAUAUGGAUAAGAGACAUCAGACAUCGUUCAAAUCUUGCCAACACACAGCUUACUAAAGUAUUGAAGAGUCUGGAGGGCAAAAAAGUCAUUAAAGCUGUAAAAUGUGUCAAUGCAUCCAAAAAGAAGGUGUACAUGCUUUACAAUCUAGAACCAGAUCGUUCAAUAUCAGGUGGGGCUUGGUACCAAGAUCAGGACUUUGAGUCAGAAUUUGUUGAUAUCUUAAACCGACAAUGUUUGAGAUUUCUGCAACAAAGAGCAGACAAGAUAAAAAACAAUCCAAGGGGCCCUAUUGUAGGACGAACACAAUCAUUUGCUACAGCAGCUGAAGUGCAAAAAUAUAUAACUGAUCUAGGUAUAAGUAAAGUAAAGCUUGAAGUGGAAGAUGUUAUUACUAUUUUAAAUACACUUGUUUAUGAUGGAAAGGCUGAAAGUAAUGUUUAUCCAGAUGGUAGCAAGGUUUACAGAGCUAUAGAGUCCCUAAUACCACCUCCAGGACUAGUGCAAGUCCCAUGUGGAGUGUGUCCACUUGUAUAUAAAUGUUGUUCCACUGGCCUUAUUACUCCACAAGACUGUAAAUAUAUGAGUGCAUGGCUUGAUCAAUAAAAAUAUAUGCUUUU